UAACUUUAGGACCAUGUGUCAGUGUGCCGGCCGCCAGCCUCUCAUGACCUCCUGAGAUGGACGCUGCCUCCGGCUGCCAAAGGGACACUGGUUUCACUGAGCAGGAAGGAACCGCCUCAGCUGUCAUGGCGUCUGCCAGCGAGCGUGACGAUCAGAUGGUGCCCAGUGGUGACGAGGAGGAAAAUGGCAUCCAUGGUGUCCAGUCUCGUUACCUGCGCUGUCCAUCGCCCAGCCUUUCCAUGAUGUCAGAGUCUAGAUUUUCUGCCAUCUCGGGCUCGGACGCAGCCAGCAUCUUUAUGGAGCCCAUCCACCUGUCAUCCGCCAUUGCUGCCAAGAAGAUCAUUAGUGAGGAGCUGCCACCUCGUGGUGUCCGCACUGAGUCCAUCCCAGAGUCUAUGCUGGAAACUGCAGACCAGCUCAUGGUGGAGGAUCUCUACAACCGAGUAAGAGAUAUGAUUGACGAUCGCAGUCCUUACAACACUCCCUGUGUGCUGGACAUCCAGAGGGCCAUGGUUCAGGAGCGCCUGGAGGCCCCUAGCAGGCCUGUGGACGAGGUGUGGCCUAACAUUUUCAUUGCUGAAAAAUCUGUCGCCGUAAACAAGGCCCGCCUGAAGCGAAUGGGCAUCACACACAUCCUCAAUGCUGCUCACGGUACAGGCGUCUACACCGGGGAGGCUUUCUACGCAGGCAUGGGCGUGCACUACAUGGGCAUCGAGGUGGACGACUUCCCUGAUGCAGAUAUCUCGCCACACUUCCGGCCCACUGCUGAGUUCUUUGACGAGGCUUUGCUGAGCCACAAAGGCAAAGUUCUGGUGGUUUCCAUGAUGGGCGUCAGUCGCCCAGCUGUUCUGGUGGCAUCCUACCUCAUGAUCUUCCAGCACAUGAGCAUCAUGGAGGCCCUGACAGCUAUCCGGAAGAAACGGCCCAUCAACCCCAACGAGGGUUUCCUGAAACAGCUGCGACAGCUCAAUGAAGACCUGAUGGAGGAGCGAGAUGAUGAUGACACACUCAGCCAGUGUUCCGUUAUUGACGCACGCACUCGCGCUUGUAUUUUUGGCGACGGAAGCCAGGAUAACAACACCGAUGAGGAGGAAGAGCAAAGCAUGAUUGAAGUGAAAGCACACUCCAUCAUGAUGGAGGAGGAGGAGGAUGGCACCAGUGUGAUGAGCAGUGUGGCAUCCUCCGCAGCCGCUGAGGCGCUCAGAAGUGGAUCGAUUAGACCGCAGGCUAACCAACCUUCAUGCAGUGUUCAAGAGAAGACAGUCCUGCCUGAGCAGGUGGGAAGCAGUGAAGGUGCAGAGGAUGAAGAUGGGCUGGACAGCAUGAUCCAUGAGUGGCAGCGCAGAAAUGAGCAGUACCAAAGUGACGCAUGGUGGGAGGCGCAGCUUAACAGCGACAAGGAGGAUUCAGCGGCCGGCAUGUAUGCAGAUGCCGAUGUGGAGAGCGUCACAAGCGCAGAUGUGCGUGCCGUGAAUGAACGGUUGAAGCGUCGCACCAGACGCCCUCCAUCAGACACCGUGUCCACCUCCAGUUGCACCAGUUAUUCCGACCUUUGGAAGGAGCGGCUGAGGGAGAUUGAGGAACAGGCCACAGCUCGUUAUCGGAAAGAGGAUGACAACAAAGGCAGUGAGAGCACUGCCACACAGGGACAAGCGACAACGAAAAAGAUUGAAGAUGAGGUGGAGAGUAUCCUCUCAGACACUACCUCCAUGUACAACUUCUGCCAGAAGAACAAGGAGAAGAUGACCCCCUUGGAGCGCUGGCGGGUCAAGAGAAUCCAGUUUGGCUGGAAUAAAAAAGACCGGGGGGAUGGAGAGAAAAGUUCUGUUGCUGAUGAUGAGAAAGUGGACGGUGUCGAGGUAGUAACUCCGUCCUUCGAGGACGUCAACCUGACGGCCUAUCAGGCAUGGAAGCGCAGGCAGCAGAGACGACUGGGCGAGGAGAACGUGGAUGAGCUUCUGGACCUGAGUCGGGUUGAGGACUCUGCAGCUGUCAAGCGGAGGCAAAGGCGAGAGGAGAUCCUGGAGCGUUCUAAGAAAACAUUAGAAGAGAGUCAGUCCAUGUGCGGCUGGGAGAAUGAAAGCUGUGUAAGUGGAGCUACAAUACCGCUCUCCGCCUUCUGGGCGGGAGCUGGAGUCACUGGACCACCAACCACCAUCAAUGAUGACAAUGUGUCAAUGCUCAGUGGAAGCUCAUCUGUCAUAUCAUCUGUAUCACAGGCUCGUAGUACAAGAUCAAUGCAAUCUGCUGCGCUUCUUAAUCCUGUAACACCGGUUCCACCCAUCCUCCCAGUUCCAAGCGUCCAGGGUCCCGGGGGAGAACCAAUGGUUAACUUGGCCAGCAUCCAGAACUGGAUUGCCAAUGUGGUCACUGAAACCAUCAAACAGAAGCAGAGCGAGAUGAGCCUGCCUCCUCCAUCACGUGCGGGGUCAGAGCUGAGCUUCGGUGCUGCAUCAAGUGGGAUUUUGGGCCGGGGUGGAGACGACGAUAAAGAAUCCAUGUUGAGUGGUGCCUCCUAUUCCAGCGGUAUGUUGCAGGGUCACGGCCAGCCAUCAUCUGUCCUCUCAGGUAGCAGUGUCAGUGGCGUCAGUGCACGAGGCUCUGCACUGGACACCAAGAAAAACAAAAUAACAACCACCAGCGUCCCUCUAUACAGCCUCUUCCAGGACCAGGUCGACCUGAGCAAACUAAACGCCAUGGACAAAGAGAUCAAGACGGACAUGAGAGGAAGGAUGGCGGCCUAUGAAAAGAAGAAAAUCCUGGAGGACAACAAGCGUAGCACUUUGUACAAAAAAAAGAAACCAAAGGAGAAUGAGGAUGAAGAGGAGGAUGAAAGGAAGGAGGAGGCCUUUCUUGAAGAGGCAAAGAAGAAAAAAGAAAAACCUGCAAGGACGUUUGGUCUCUCUGGAUGUCUGAACCUAAACCCGGCUCUGGAGAAAGACAAGAACACCAGCAUUGAUGACUGGCUGAAAAGUGUCAGGCCCCCUCAGAGAGAAGCCGCAGCCGCGGCAGAAAACGAUCCCUAUGAUGACAUAGACGACUCCGCCUCCCAAUUUGACUUCUCCAGUCGCCGGGCUUUGUGCACUGGUGAGGAUGGGGACGACAAGAUGUACGGUGGCACCUCCAGGUACUCAUCUCUGCUAGGUGAGAAACCAUCUCCUGACGAUGUGGAAUAUCCUGGCCACAGUCGAGCCGGGAGGUCAUACAGCCAGGACGAUGAGGCGAGUGACCUCAGCUCAAGGAGGAAGUUCACAUAUCAUUCACAAUACAAAAGCAAUGACACAAUAGGGGAAAGGCAGGCUGCGGAUGAUGACGACGAUGCUGAGGAAGAGGACAUUGCCAACUUCAUUGCCCAAACUAGGGAGAGGGCCAGAGCACGGGCUGCUGCUGAGGGGGAGGACAACGAGGUGGUCGCCGCCUGGAGGGCACAGCAGGAAGCAAAGUGGCAAAAACAUAUCAACGAGUAAAAACAAACAUCAUUUAUUCUUUAAAUGCACCACUGAUGAUUAAUGGUAAUAAUAAAUAAAAAAUAAUUUUAUCAGUGACUCUUGUAAAUACAUAUUAGGGUUUUCCCUGGGUUUCAGGUUGACAACACGUGCACACAUGCCAGUGUGCAGCAUAGACAACAGCAUUGCAAUCGCUCCUCAAGUCGCAUCAUUUAGUCAAUGCAGUUGCUCCUCUGCACACAAUAUAGAGAGAAAGCAGAUGAGAUAUUGUCAAUGCAACCAUGUGGAGACAGAAAUAUCAUGCCGUCGCGUAACAAAUAAGGCAAUUUAUUUUGUUUAAUAAAAGAAAUGUAUAGACCUGUAACAGACCAAUAAAAUGAAAUGAAAUUUUAUUUUACAUUUCUUAAAAGGCUAAGCCAGUGUUGCGUCAUAGGUGACAUAGAGGUGUUAUUAUUUUUAGAAUGAUUAGAAUCAACUUUUCUUGACUUUUUGCUCUUUUUUUCAUUUUUGCUGUUUUUUUUUUUUUUUUUUUUAUUGUUGGCCUGGGCAACACUUUGGACAGCCUUGUCCUAGAAUUACUUCUACACCAAAAAUGUGGUCAGCAAUGAUUAAAAUGUCAUAUUUAUUCAAACUUACUCUGAAAGCUAGCCUGCAUCUCAGAUGUGUGUUAUUGGUGACAAGGCGCAUUACUGGUAUAAACAGUUAAUCUUUUUCUCACCUU